UUGACAUUUGACAAUGACAAACAAUUCUCAAUUCUCAAUUUCCAUUCCAAGACCAAUUUGUUUAUUAUUGAAAUUAUAAAAACGGUUUUGAUUUCAAUGUAGAAAUACCGAAAAUCGUAAUUUUAAUUAUUUCAGUUAAUAGUGGUUCCUUAUCCAGUACCUAGUAGUAUUAAUUUCGAUAAGUAACUAACAGAUAAAGCAUUGAUUUUAGUUGCAACUUGCAGUAAUAAGAAGGACAAAGAGUCAAGAUGAUGGCAAGGGAUAUAGUCAGAGCAACCACAACAAACAAGAUUGAAAAAUCUGUAGAUCAACAAGUAAUAUCUAUAGUUAAAACAGUUCUAGAAAGAUGUAAGAAAGAAAAAAGUAAUAAUUUAUUACAGGUGCCCUUGGAAGAUUGCUAUGAAAGAGUAUCCUUUUAUACAGGAUUACCAAAAAUGUUUAUCUACCAUGUAGUAGAUGACAAUCCAUAUACAGAAGAUAAUUUUGAUGAUGACCACCAUGUUAUAUUAAUGAAGUGCAUUAACGAAUUUCUAAUUGAGCAAAAAAAUUUAAAGAUUCCAAAUCUACAUCUAGAGUUUUUAAGGAGUAGUAAACAAUUUAAUGCUGAUAAGAAAUAUACUCCAGAUUUAAAAACCUUUGAGAGCAAAAUAUACAGCUUGGGAUACACAUAUAAAAAAAAUUUAAAAGGUCCACCUCUAAUUCUCAUUGAAAAUGCUAAGAAUAGAUUUGAAAGAUUUAAAUAUUUAACUAAAAUAAAGAAUUACAGAGAAAUGGGUAGACAGAUUUACUAUGUUGAUGAGAAAAAUAUUGUUACCCAUCUUCCUUUUAAGAGUCCAAGCGAAACUCAUAACGCAAGCAAAAAAGAAUGUAUGAUUUUUUUCCAUUUAAUAUCAAAAGAUGGUUAUGAAAAUGGUAUAUACAUUGCUCAGGACAAAGAUACAAGUCUUGAAGAUAUAUUUAAGAAAUGGAUGUUUGACAUAGUCCUCCACAGCAUAAAACCUGGUAGUGUUAUUGUUAUGGCAAAUAACUUUAUACAUGGGUUGCAACCAGCAAAAUCUAUAACAAGAUACCAUUCAAAAAAACGCAUGUUGCAAUGGUUGAAAGAAAAUGAUAUUCCCUGUGACUCAAGUAUGAAUAAACCCACUCUCUAUGAAUUGAUUGAACGAUGCACCAUAAACAACAAAGAUUAUGAUAUUGAUCGUGUUUUCAAAGUCCACGGUCAUCAGGUACUGCGCCUACCUGUUAAUUUCCCAUCUUUGUCCCCUACAUACUUUUUAUGGAAAUUUGUAAAUAUGAAUAGAUAUCUCUUAAAUGAUCCAACAGUCAAACAGACAAACCCUGAAAAAUGUUUAGAAUCCCUGAGAAAUCGAUUAUUGAAUUACAUAAUGAAUAUUGAUCAAGAAUGGUCAUCAUUUUAUUAUCAAACAUGCACUAUGGAAUACAGGAUUUUGACAGUAGAUUCAUUAACAGAAGAGUUAUUGGAAAAUAAUUGUGAAUUAGAUGAAAGGAGUUUGUGUGAGUUUCCUGCCAGUUUUGAUAUUAAUGAUUUUCUUGAUAAACCACAAUAAAUAUUAAGGAAAAAUCACUAAUUGAUAUUGUUUAGAAAAAAAUAAAAGCAUAAACAAUGAUGAACUUAAGUAUAAUUUUUAAGUUUUAUUAGUGUUUCGUUAUGCAUCGCAUUUGAUGGGAGCGAGGGGAGGUGCAUAGGUAUAUGUUGAAUUUUCUAUUGAAAAUUGUUGUUUUCAAUAGUAAAAUCAAAUGAAAUCAACUCUUAACCGCUGGAUUACCACAACCACAAAAACCACAUCUUACAGAACAUUUUUUGUGCUAUUACAAAACCUAAAAUUAUUAUAAAUAAUAUACUAUUCCAUGUUAACUAAUGUUGCUUAAGAGCUGUGAUAGCCCAGUGGAUAUGACCUCUGCCUCCGAUUCCGGAGGGUGUGGGUUCGAAUCCGGUCCGGGGCAUGCACCUCCAACUUUUCAGUUGUGUGCAUUUUAAGAAAUUAAAUAUCACGUGUCUCAAUCGGUGAAGGAAAACAUCGUGAGGAAACCUGCAUGCCAGAGAAUUAUCUUAACUCUCUGCGUGUAUGAAGUCUGCCAAUCCGCAUUGGGCCAGCGUGGUGGACUACUGGCCUAACCCCUCUCAUUCUGAGAGGAGACUCGAGCUCAGCAGUGAGCCGAAUAUGGGUUGAUGACGUAAUGUCGCUUGCGCUACAAAUCCUUUUACACUUAAGAUAAAGAUGUUACUGUCAGUUACUCUACAAUUUUAAAAUUAGUUUUACUAACGAUGAACUUAAGCAGUUGGUAUCAACCCAUUUUACCUUUCACUUCUAAAAUCGUUAUCGUUAUCGCAAUUAAAUGCCAUCAAAAUGAAAAUUGGUUUAGAUCAGUUCUUCUACCGUAUAAAGUUGUGAGGUCCACGUAAUAUUAAGACUGAGCGUUUUGACUCGUAUUGUCAAGAAAAUAUUUAAAAAUUAAUAUUUUUAUGUCAUAUUCAUAUCUCAAAAAAAUAUGAUAAUUAUUUUCAAUCUAUUUGAACGCUAAUUAACAAUUUAUGACCCAUUUAAAAAAGGUGUCAACUAGCCUAUUGAAUAGGAAUAAGGAAUGCUGGUCAUUGCUAAAUAAAUGUGGCUAAAACAGUAGAUAACUAAAUGCUGGUCACUGGGUAUUGUUCAAUAAGUAGGUGCCUAUAACAUGUUUAAUGUUUAUUGCAUUUAUUUACCCUAAACGCUUUAUAGCAGAAAACCUAGGAAGUACGAUUUUCCAUUCAUAUUUUCUGGUAAACAUGUAGGGAAGCUAGGUAAGUAAAUCCCCAUCUUCAGUGAAUGGGCGUCGGUCGUUAAAUUGCAAUUUUCAAAUCUGGGGAUUUUGUUUAGCUUUCAUAGUGUAGCUUACUGCUUAUCUAUUAUAGAAUACGGUUCAGUAAAAUACAUGAUAAAUAUUGGUAUUACUAGUUUCGAAGUCAUCUUGUACAUUUUGACGGCCUCUGUGGCGCCUGGGUUUGAUCCUCGUCUGGACCGAUUGAGGUUUCUUGUCCAUGUCUAACUUGGUCGGCCAGAAGGCGUAGGUCGUGGCUUGUCGGCAAAGACGUACCGCUAAGCCAGCGCCGGACCGAGGUAAAUUUUACAAUGGAGCCAGAUCCAAUUAUGGCGCCUUUCCUGUUUGCUCCUAACAUUAUAUACUAGGGACGUUUGAAAAGUUCGUAGCCUAAUUUAUAUCGGAAUGUCAUACAUUUUUAACCGACUUCAAAAAAAGGAGGAGGUUUCUCAAUUCGACCGUUCGAUUUCGAUUCGAUUCAAGCCGUUUAAAUCAUAAAGAUUUUAACUGGAUUUUCAGAUACUUCUUUCAGAUACGGCUUUAAUUAACACAGCACUAACUUGGUACCGCCUUCAAACUGAUCAGAAGGUAGCACAUACGAUGUUAUGUUUCGCUUUUAAUUUAAUGGAAACUUUUUUAUGAUUUUAAGGUCGGUUGUUCUUUUUUAUUAUUUGUUUUUAAAUUACCCUCAUGUUAAAGCUACAUUAUUCAAUGUAUAGCUAUAUUAAUAGAAUAAAAUUUUAUGCAUUCAUUUGCAUUCGUUACGUUCCCCACGCGAUCCCGUCAAACAUUCAAUCAAAUUUUUUAACAUGAAAAAAAAUCGAGUAUCUUAAUCUUAAUAAUAAACUUAAUCACUGCAAUGAAGAACUUGAAGAAGAAAGGUUUAGCAAAAAAAAAAAACAUUUAUAAAGUCAUGUUAAAAACUGAAGGUGAAUUAGUGCCUUCGUAUAUAUCGUGAACUUUAUCCGGCCUUUGGCCGGUGUAGAAUAAAGUUCGCGCCGUUCGUGGCCGCGCGUUUUUUGCGCUUUGGAAAAAUGCCCAGUCAUAGCCACAGUCGAAAGCCCUAUUACAAACCCCUGGCCGAAGGCCGGUGUAAAAUAAAGUUCGCGGCCGAAGGCCGCGCGUUUUUUGCGCUUUGGUAAAAUGCCAAGCCAUAGCCACAGUUGAAAGCUCUAUUACAAACCCCCGGCCGAAGGCCGGUGUACAAUAAAGUGCGCGGCCGAAGGCCGCACGUUUUUUGCGCUUAGGUAAAAUGCCCAGCCAUAGCCACAUUCGAAAGUCCUAUUACAAACCCCCGGCCGAAGGCCGGUCCGAUCUUAAUGAAACAAAGCCUAUAUGUUGCCCUGGACUAUGCUUAAUCUAUUGGUGAAAACCGCAUCAAAAUCCGUUCAGUAGAACCAGAGAAUAGCGCGAACAUACAGACAGAAGGACAGACAGACAGACAGACAAGAAAAUUAAAAAAAAUGUUUUCGUAUUCAAUUGUUCAUUUCUAAUUGCCCUAACUUGAUUUUAGUUAAAUUUGGGAAAAGUACAGACACUCGAUUUCUACUCUUUUAUUAUAGUAAUAGAUAGAUAGAUAGAUUGACUUUUAGGAAGAUAGCUGCUAUUGGCAUCUCAAUAGCAAUUGGCAAACAUCACAUAAUCGCCUUGGCUUCUUUGAGUUGAACAAAUACGCGAUCGACUGACGAAUUUUCGCAACUGCUUGGAGUUGUUUGAGGCAGAUACUUUUUGUAUAUUUUGUGACCAUGGUUAAAAACUGAGUAUAUUACUUUACUCCAGAAACAAAAGUACAGCCUAAAAAGUGGAUCCAAUGUUCCAAAAAGGCAGAAGCGGUAUUGCGUGUUGGAAAAGUAAUGGCCUUAGUUUUUUGAGAUUCGCGGGAUGUAAUUACGGUGGAUUACUAAAAAAAGGCGUAAAUAUAAACUCUGCUUAAUAGUGAAAUCUGCUGCGAUGUUUCGGAGGACAAAUUAAAGAAAAAUGGCCAUGGUCAUUGAGAAGAAAAGUUUUGUUUCAUCAGUAUAAUUUAGAAUUCUUACCUUACCACCAUAUUCAUAUGAUCUAGUCUCGUCUCCAUCAGACUUUUAUCUAUUUCCGAAGCUAGAAAAAGCACUUAUCGAGUUUUAUUGGUCUGUGCAUUUUCUAAGAGUUUAAAGAAAAAAAAUAGCUGGUAUAGAAAUGUUUCCAGGCCAACAAAAUAAGUGUAUUGAGCUCUAAAUAAAGUUGAAAAAUAAAUUAACUAAAAAAUUAUAGCUUUGUAGUUUCCUGGUUUACUUAGGCUACGAACUUAUGGAACGCGAAGAGUUUGACCAUACUCAGACCAAUUGAAAAUCAGGCACAAUACCGUCUCUCGAUCACGUAGUGCCCGGGUGCAAUCAUCACCCUAGCGCCCCCUAGUACCUAUAGAACCCGCGCGGCGAGUGGCGUUUGGGCUCCCCUGAGAUCGCAGCACCCGGGUGUAACGCACCCCAUGCACUACAGGUAAAGACUCUAGCUCACGUAGCGCCCGGGUGCAACCAUCACCGUAGCGCCCCCUAGUACCUAUAGAACCCGCGCGGCGAGUGGCGCUUGGGCACCCCUGAGAUCGCAACAUCCGGGUGUAACGCACCCCCUGCACUAUAGGUAAAGACUCUCUAGCUCACGUAGCGCCCGGGUGCAAUCAUCACCCUAGCGCCCUCUAUUACCUGUAUAUACCCGGGUUAAAAUCAACGCACUCCCUGCACCAUAGGUAAAGAAAGACGCCUCUAUUAGAAGUAAAUUCGCGCACGUCGCGUUUAUCUCUUCGCUUUAAAUAUAGACGAUCGAAAAGAAAUAAAUUUCUUUUCGAUCGUCUAUAUGAAUCGAUCGCCGAAAUGGUAAAGACAAGUCUUUACCAUUUCGGCGCCUGGAGCGACCGCUCCGUUCGCCGUAUGGACGGUCCGGCCCUGCGCUAAGCCAUUUAGUGUUCCGGCACGGUAUCGUGUAUAAACCGAAAAGGGUAAUUUUUUUAUCCUAGUCCUAACAACUUAGACCAUCAGGAGAGAUUGUUGUCAAGGGCAUAUGAAGAAUAAAAAAAAUUCGUGCCCUCUUGGAAGAGUGGUCGUGGUUAGGUACUACUAUGUGACCACUCGACAUAUUGUGAUGAUCUUUCACUUUUGGCGGAAGCUAUCAAGACAAACCUAAAACCUAGGUAGGUAGGUAUAUGUGAUACGCCUUUAAUUACUUUAACGCCCACUGAGAAAAGUAACCAGGGGAAAAUCCGCUGUUCUAAAUUUUUAUGGUAGGUACGAUAGAAGAAAUGGUCCGUAAACACCGUAAGUAGCUAAUUUUAUUACUUCUAAUUAAAGCCAAGGCGUGUCGUUGGUCGUGCAAACUUAAUAAAAAAUAAUUCUUAUUUUAUAAGUAGCCUUUAGUCAUGUAUUGGUCAACUAGUAAAACAGGAGCUGUUUUUGUGGUAGGUUACUCAGUGCUUGCUAGUACCUGAAACCUACGACUUAAUAUAAUUUAAAGUCUAAUAUUUAAAAUGCAACGAUUUUUGUAGAUAACUAAUCUUAACUAUCUUCUGAUAACUAACCAAAAAGUGUAUAUUGUGCAGGUUUUUUUAUGCUGGGUUACUGCUUUCAAGGAGUAUGAAGACGAUAAAACUUGUAAGUAGAUAUUUAGUAGGACCUACUUAUAGAAACAAUUUUAGCCCUCAACGCUGCAUUCUGCUUGUAGGUACCUACUGUACUGUUAAUAAAAUUGUGAUGCCGAGUUUCAUUUCAUUGGCAACAUAACCUGGGCUGUGCUAAGGUCAUUGCAGAGAUGCCGAAUUGAUUACAGGUAUAUCCAAGCGUUGAAGUGCUUGUACGAAAACGCCACUAUGUCAGUCCGUAUUCAGGAUCAGACUACGAGGCCAAUCCAGUUGCAGCGAGGAGUGCGUCAGGGAAAUGUGAUCUCUCCGAAGCUAUUUACCGCCGCAUUGGAAGACGUCUUUAAGCUUCUGGACUGGGGCGGACUUGGCAUCAACAUCAAUGGCGAGUACAUCACUCAACUGCGGUUCGCGGAUGAUGUAGUCAUCAUGGCACAGACUCUGGAUGACCUUAGUACCAUGCUCAAUGACCUCAGCAUUCGAUGGUCACUCAAGGCAAAAAAGAGCAAAUAAUAAAAAGUGUACAUUUAUGCUAAAAAUAUUUAUCAAAUGGUCAUAUUUUUCAGUAAAUCUUAAAAUAGGAUUUGAUCUAACGCGUGGGAAAAAUGGAGCACCAUCACUACGAAUACGAGACUUUGAAGAGGUUCCAGAGUUCAGAGAUCAUAAAAAGAAAAGGGCAUUGAAAUCGGAAUCUUCCAGCGAGAGUGAUGAGAAUGACGAUGGAAAAAUUAUUCCUCAUAUUAAAAAAGCUAAAGAGAGCGACAGUUCUGAUCUUGAUACAUCAGGUUCUGAUGACGACGAUCGACGUUUGAGCACUAAAGGGAUAUUGCCCAAUGAAUUCGAGCCUGAACGUCAACCUAGAGUUCAUGGAGUAAAUGACAAGGGAUCUGAUACAGAAUAAAAUAUAGCUACCUAAUUAAAAUUUUGCCUG